AUGGGGGUGAGGAGGUUAGUGUGGGUGAUGGGGGUGAGGAGGUUAGUGUGGGUGAUGGGGGUGAGGAGGUUAGUGCGGGUGAUGGGGGUGAGGAGGUUAGUGUGGGUGAUGGGGGUGAGGAGGUUAGUGCGGGUGAUGGGGGUGAGGAGGUUAGUGUGGGUGAUGGGGGUGAGGAGGUUAGUGCGGGUGAUGGGGGUGAGGAGGUUAGUGCGGGUGAUGGGGCUGAGGCCCAAACGUCCGUCUCCCACUGCUCCAGGAUCCACAGAACAGACCCCCGCGGCCACAGAGCCGUGUCAACACAAACACAGAGUGCAGACCACCUGUGUAUACCACAGCACCUGUGUAUACCACAGCACCUGUGUAUACCACAGCACCUGUGUAUACCACAGCACCUGUGUAUACCACAGCACCUGUGUAUACCACAGCACCUGUGUAUACCACAACACCUGUGUAUACCACAGCACCUGUGUAUACCACAGCACCUGUGUAUACCACAACACCUGUGUAUACCACAGCACCUGUGUAUACCACAGCACCUGUGUAUACCACAACACCUGUGUAUACCACAACACCUGUGUAUACCACAGCACCUGUGUAUACCACAGCACCUGUGUAUACCACAGCACCUGUGUAUACCACAACACCUGUGUAUACCACAGCACCUGUGUAUACCACAGCACCUGUGUAUACCACAGCACCUGUGUAUACCACAGCACCUGUGUAUACCACAGCACCUGUGUAUACCACAACACCUGUGUAUACCACAGCACCUGUGUAUACCACAGCACCUGUGUAUACCACAACACCUGUGUAUACCACAGCACCUGUGUAUACCACAGCACCUGUGUAUACCACAGCACCUGUGUAUACCACAACACCUGUGUAUACCACAGCACCUGUGUAUACCACAACACCUGUGUAUACCACAGCACCUGUGUAUACCACAGCACCUGUGUAUACCACAACACCUUGCCACAAACUCUGUGGGGGGGUGAGGAGGUUAGUGCGGGUGAUGGGGGUGAGGAGGUUAGUGCGGGUGAUGGGGGUGAGGAGGUUAGUGCGGGUGAUGGGGUGAGGAGGUUAGUGCGGGUGAUGGGGGUGAGGAGGUUAGUGCGGGUGAUGGGGGUGAGGAGGUUAGUGCGGGUGAUGGGGGUGAGGAGGUUAGUGCGGGUGAUGGGGGUGAGGAGGUUAGUGCGGGUGAUGGGGGUGAGGAGGUUAGUGCGGGUGAUGGGGGUGAGGAGGUUAGUGCGGGUGAUGGGGGUGAGGAGGUUAGUGCGGGUGAUGGGGGUGAGGAGGUUAGUGCGGGUGAUGGGGGUGUAG